AUGUCUGCCGUCUUACCUACCUCAUCUCAUGUGGAUGGCAAAGGCCAUAAACCAGCACACAAAGACGCACCUUCUGCUACAAACAUGCGCUCCGAAAAGCAAGCUCUCAUCACCACAGCUCCACCCCCUAUUCUCACUGCAGCAAAGCAAAACGCUCAGAAGAAAGUUCCCCGGCGGUCCAGUAAACCGAUCAUCAAUUGGUUUCAGCGCAAGUUGGCAGGGUCUGGAAAGCCCAAACGGACAGAAAAUGUGCCUUUGAGGAUUGCAGACCUUGGUGUUGGCCGUAGCAGCAUCAAUUCUGGACGACAGAUCAAUCGCAUAACUUCUUCGCCAUUGCCUGUACAGACAUCCCAUUAUUUGAAACAACAGACAAGGGCGGAUGCUGCCUCUUUGGCGAGGCGCAAGACUCGGUCGAUAUCCUUAUACGGAGACGAAGAACUUCGUGAAUCUAACCAAUUUCCCGAGGACGAUGUCUCAAUAGACCAGUCAUCAUUGAACCGAGAGUCCAUCUGGUCGCCUGCGAGUGCCUUGGAAGCUGACGAUGAUGCAUCCGUUCGACCAAUACCACCCAGUUCACCGCCUUCUCCUUCUCCUUCACGGUCAUCUUCUUCAUACCUUUCUGAUCCUCGAACAUUCCGAAGCAUGGCAGCCAGUACUAAACCAACAACCCUGCUGAGCAUCGACUUGAACGGCAACGGUAUGGCACACAUCGCUCAAGCACCGACUCCGCCGCCUAUCCAUAUAAACAGGCUGACGCCUCAUGUUCGGCAGUCUUCAUCAUUGAGCAGUGCAGGCCUCCUCGGCAGCGCUGGGUCCAUCGCCUUUUCAUCUCUCCCAACCGCUCAGCCAUCAUCUCGCCCUGCCUCCUUACGCAAUCCCGGUAGUGUAGGAUCUAUCAGUCUUAAUCUACAGCAGACUUCGACAUACAAUAAUGGGCAGGUGUCAUCUGUACAGGCUCCUCUCCACACCUAUCAUCAUCCGCGGAAUAACCCACGCCCUUCAUCACCUCCCCUCGAUAACGCUUCAGUUUUGACAUUGGCUUCGUCAGCCUUUGGGAUUCCGAACCGUCCUGGAAACCCAAAUUAUCCUCCAUCGGCCAUUGGAGACUCGGUUUCCCAUUAUGGCGGGAGCAUAAUGUUCGCUGAUGCUGAAAGUGCCUACGUUCCCGGAGAUGACGAGAGGCUCGAAGAAAAGGACUUUGACGCUAGCGUCCGAGCUCUCAGACCUAGAAGUUCGAGGAGAGGAAGUUGGGAAAGCGAGGCGAGUCGAUGGAGUGCUAGGGUUCAAGGUCCUGGGACACCGUCGUUAGCAAGGGAACGCAGUCUGUGGACUUCAAACAGCGUUCGUACAGGUGGCUUUAGCACCGAAAAUGGAGAAACCUACGAGACUGCGGACGAUCAAACCCAGGAUGAUUGCACUGGAGAAGGAGAUCAGUCUGACAAAGUGGAGUCUCCAAUAGAAUUGCCACACGAAGAAGUCCGUAUAUCGAUUGAAAAACCGUCUUCGCCUGCUAAGGAGGAUGAACAUAUACCAAAGACAGAGUCGUCCAUUGUGUCUACUGCGGUCAACGAGAAGUCUGAUCUAAUCACCAUCCUCUCAGUUCCGCGGGCGUCUACUGAAACUAUUGCACACCCUGUAACAUCUGCAGAUGUCGAACCAGCUUCUCGACCAGAACAACCUAUUGAAAAAUAG